GUCCGUUUAAAGACUUGAUUUUAGAUUCAACUUCGCUGACCUCGGUAUACGGAGGUUUUUUGAAGAGGUUGGUGUCGUAACAGUGAGCGGCGUUAGCGAGCUGAAAAGCACUGAUUCUAAGACCAAGGCUGGAACUGCAACUGAUUCCUCGUCUGCCAUAAAUCCGCUGGACAUGGAAAGUGCAAUCCACCUCGCAUUGGAGGUAUCCGCGGAAGAAGUGAACGAAACUCAUGAUGAGAAUGGAACCUCCGUCUUUGAGUUCCUCUGCAAGCCUAACGACAUGAAGAAGCUCGCUGCUGAGUUGAGGGAAAAGAGGUGUUCGGUAGUCGGUGAAGACUGCGAGUUCCGGAGUACUUCAAAAGUGAAGCUCAGCGAUUCGCAGAACGAAAUUAUCACCAUAUUUUAUAAAGUUCUGGGAAACAGCGAGCUGUUCAGCAGGGCUUUUGACAAUAUUGCAUCUGAUUAA